AUGGGCUCCCUCCACCUCUUAAGUCCGCACCACGCCUACCACCGCCGCAAGGGCAGCGUCGCCAGCACCGCCGAUGGCAGCACCGAGGGCACCGAGCCCGACUCGCACAACAUCCACCUCCAGCCGCUCACCCCGCAGCACACCGGCGGCGAGGGCAGCACCAUCGCCUCGCCCACGCACACCCACUACGACGGCGCGUCCGUCGCGGGCGACAAGGUCCGCGGCAAGGCCGACCACGGGAAGGGUGCCGAGAACGGCGACGGGGAAGAGCAGGAGGAGGAGGCGCGGCCCGUCCUCGAUCUCGCGCAGGACGAGCACAUCGACGCGGGCGUGUUCCCCUUCAAGCCGUACAAACUGGCGUCGCUUGUCGACCCGAAGAACCUCGUCCUCCUGAAGGAGAUGGGCGGUGCGCGGGGGCUCCUCAAGGGGCUCGGAUCGCACGCGACGCGCGGUCUCGGCAAGGAGGCGUUGCGGGUUGCGGAGCCGGACGCGUCUGGCUCACAGGAUACGGGGGCCAAGGCGGCGCAGCGUCACGACCGGCAGGACUCCACCGCAAGCGAUGUCCCCAAGCUCGUGCUCACCGGCCCAGGCGUUGACCAGUGUGACGGGGUCUCGAUCGGCGAAGGCGCAUCGGUGCUUGAGUCCGACGAUGAGACCGGUCCAACGUACUCUGCCAACCUGGACGAGCGCCGACGAGUCUUCGGCGCGAAUGUCCUCCCGACCCGCAAAUCCAAAUCCCUUUGGGAGCUGAUGUGGCUUGCGCUCAAGGACAAAGUCCUGGUGUUGCUCUCCAUCGCCGCUGUGGUCUCGCUAGCGCUAGGUUUGUUCCAGGACUUCGGUACUCCGAGACCGGACGGCGAACCCCCUGUGGAUUGGGUCGAGGGUGUGGCCAUCAUGGUUGCUAUUCUCAUCGUCGUCAUGGUUGGUUCCAUCAAUGACUGGCAGAAGGAACGGCAGUUCCAAGUUCUUAACGAGAAGAAGGAGGAACGUGGUGUCAAGAUUAUCCGUGACGGUGUUGAGAAGGUCAUCGACAUCAAGGAGGUCGUCGUUGGCGAUAUUGCUCUCGUGGAACCCGGCGAAAUUAUCCCCUGCGACGGAAUCUUCCUCUCUGGUCACAACGUCAAGUGCGACGAGUCCGGUGCCACCGGCGAGUCGGACGCGAUCAAGAAAGUCUCGUACGACGACUGCCUGAAAGAGGUGGAAGGAUCCGAAGGAGGUGAAUUGAAGCACACUGACUGCUUCAUGAUUUCUGGGAGCAAGGUACUCGAGGGUUACGGCAGUUACGUGGUCAUUGCGGUCGGGACCCGUUCCUUCAACGGGCGUAUCAUGAUGGCUCUCCGCGGCGAUACGGACAACACGCCUCUCCAGCUCAAACUGAACAACCUGGCAGAGCUCAUUGCCAAGCUGGGCAGCGCCGCUGGUCUCGUCCUCUUCAUCUCGCUCAUGAUCCGCUUCUUCGUCCAACUCGGCACCGGGAAUCCCGCGCGCACUCCGAGUCAAUGGGGCAUUGCGUUCGUCCAGAUUCUCAUUAUCGCAGUCACGUUGAUCGUCGUGGCCGUGCCAGAAGGCUUGCCGCUUGCGGUGACGCUCGCCCUCGCGUUCGCCACGAAGCGCAUGACGAAGGAAAAUUUGCUGGUCCGAGUCCUUGGCUCUUGCGAGACGAUGGCGAAUGCGUCCGUCGUCUGUACGGACAAGACAGGCACCCUUACCCAAAACGUCAUGACUGUCGUCGCCGGCUCCAUUGGGAUCCACUGCAAAUUUGUCCGUCACCUCGAGCAGAACCAGGCACGCACCAACGCCGACGAAGAGCCGGGGGUCAAGACCACUGAUGCCCAGCGUCACUCGCAAGACUUCUCUAUCGACCAGGAGAGCCUGAAGGACACCCUCUCGCCUGCGCUCCAGAAGCUCUUCAACGACGCGGUUGCCAUGAAUUCCACGGCGUUCGAGGACACCGACCCCGAAUCGGGCGAGAAGAUCUUCGUGGGAAGCAAGACGGAAACGGCGCUUCUCCAGUUCGCCAAGGAAAACGGAUGGGCGGAUUACAAGGCGACCCGUGACUCCGCUACCGUUGAACAGAUGUUCCCCUUCUCUUCGGAUCGCAAGGCUAUGGGCGUCGUCGUUCGCAUGCCGGAUUCCAAGUACCGCGUGUACCUGAAGGGCGCCAGCGAGAUCCUCACCCGCCGCUGUACCCGCCACGUUGUCGUCAAGCGCGAGUCCCAGGACACUGAGGUUCAGACCGUUCCGAUUGACGAUCUCAGCCGCGACAACAUCCAACGGACCAUCAUCUUCUACGCCAACCAGACUCUCCGGACCAUCGCCGUCUGCUACCGCGAGUUCGAGCAGUGGCCGCCGCAAGGGGCACACGUGGAGGACGGCGAGGUCGCCUACGACGACGUGUCGUCUGACUUGACGCUCAUCGCCAUCACCGGUAUCGAGGACCCUCUGCGUCCCGGUGUCCGUGAGGCCGUGGCCGAUUGCCACAAGGCCGGUGUCACCGUCAAGAUGUGCACUGGCGACAACGUUCUCACCGCUCGCUCCAUCGCGCUGCAGUGUGGUAUAUACACCGCGGGCGGCAUCAUCAUGGAGGGUCCCAUCUUCCGUCAGCUGGACAAGCAAGAUCUUCUAGAGGUCGUGCCCCGCCUCCAGGUCCUCGCACGUUCGUCCCCUGAAGACAAGAAGCUCCUCGUUGACACACUCCGGGAACUCGAUGAGAUCGUCGGCGUCACCGGCGAUGGCACGAACGACGGACCGGCCCUCAAGCACGCCGACGUCGGCUUCUCAAUGGGCAUAGCUGGCACGGAAGUCGCGAAGGAGGCGUCCGACAUCAUCCUCAUGGACGACAACUUCGCGUCUAUAGUUAAAGCCAUCAUGUGGGGUCGCUGCGUCAACGAUGCCGUCCGGAAGUUCCUCCAGUUCCAGAUCUCGACGAACAUCACCGCUGUGAUCAUCACCUUCGUGUCUGCUGUCGCGUCCGUCCAGGAGGAGUCCGUUCUCUCGGCGGUGCAGCUGCUCUGGAUCAACAUCAUCAUGGACACCUUCGCCGCUCUCGCUCUCGCCACCGACCCCGCCACGCCUGCGCUGCUCGACCGCAAGCCCGACAAGAAGACGGCACCGCUGUUCUCUGUCGACAUGUACAAGCAGAUCUUCGGCCAGUCGGCGUACCAGACGACCAUCACACUCGUCUUCCACUUCUUGGGCAACAAGAUCCUCGGUUUCCACCACUCCGACAUUUCGUCAGUCCAGAAGAACCAAGACGCGAUCGUCCAGACGCUUGCUUUCAACUUCUUCGUGUUCGCCCAGAUCUUCAACUCCAUUAACUCGAGGCGUCUGGACAACAAGCUCAACAUCUUCGCCGGUAUCACCAAGAACUAUUACUUCAUGGGCAUUACUCUUCUUGAAAUUGCUGUUCAAAUCCUUAUUGUUUUCGUCGGUGGAGCCGCUUUCCAGGUCACCCGUAUCGGUGGCCGCGAGUGGGGCAUCUCCAUUGCCCUCGGUUUCGUUUCGAUCCCGCUCGGUGCUCUCAUCCGCUGCCUGCCCAACGGCCCCAUCGAGAGGUUUUUCAUCAAGGUGCGGCUCCUGCCAAACCCGGAGGUCAUCCCCACUACGCGCAAAGACGCGGAAUGGAAUUCGGCCAUUCAGCUCGUCCGCGACAACCUCUCCACCUUCUCACACGUACGCGGCGGACGCAUGCGGUCUUCGUCGUACGUGGGUAAGAGCCGCAAUGUGCGCCUCGCGCCCGAGUCUCGCGUUGCUCUCCCCUCAAUCAUGACCAUGGUCCCUUCGCUGAUUGCCUCGUCAAUCGGCGCUGGAUGGGCCCCGCAAUCACCUAGCGGCCUGUCGCACCCGGCGAGUUUUGACCCGUCACGGUCGUCGGCGGCCCUCUGGGAAGGAAAGAUUCAGAUUCAUCCAGACACCAAAGCCGAUGACCCGGUUAUGCAUCGGUGGGGGACCGUCGCGAAAUCGACUUAG